AUGUCAUCCAGUGAGCCGUAUAUCGGCCAACGCCGCUCUUAUGCGGGAGCCCUCUGCACAGUCCGUUACAUCGGGCCUCUUUCCAACACCGCAGGGGACUGGCUGGGUGUGGAAUGGGAUGAUGCCAGCCGCGGAAAACACGACGGCCAGUAUGAAGGCAAACGCAUUUUUCAGUAUCUUUCAUCGUCAGCCACGGCCGCAUCAUUCGUCAGGCCUUCUCGAAAGGAUGACCCGGAACGCACUCUUCUCGAGGCAAUCAAGUUCAAGUACGCGGCGUCGAAUGAUCCAGCCCGGAGUUCUGGUUCAGGUGAUGCUACAGAGGGGACGAUUGAGAUUUCGGGAAAGGUGGUGGAAGAAGUGGGAUUUGACAAGAUUAAGAAGCAGCUGUCGAUCCUCUCUGACCUCAAGAUUGUGCUUGUGGACGAGUUGGUCGUGUCUGGCAUUGCGCCGAGGGGGGCGUCGCGAGAGGACAUCCAAGCGGCGCAAAUUGAGCUUGCAAGAACAUGUCCAAAUAUCGUGGAACUGGAGUUGGGUUGGAACAUCAUUGAGACAUGGCAGGAUAUUGUCGACAGCUCUGCCCCGUUCAAAAAGCUGAAGAUAUUGAAAGCAAGCGGCCUUCGUCUAAGAGGGUUCGAAGCGAAUCCUCUCGACGGGGAAGCCAGUCAAUUCCGAACUCUCCAGGAAUUGCAUAUGAACGAGUGUCUCCUGACGCCAGCGCAAAUACUGCAAGUCCUAUCAUCGGCAGGUCUGCAUGGUUUUUCCUCCCUCAAGACGCUCUCACUAUCAUCGAACGAACUGGAAACUGUCGACGACAUCAAUGCCAACCAGGAGUUUGCAUAUCCAUCCGUCACGGCCGUGGUCCUCGACAACAACAGAUUCACCAACUUGUCAUCGCUGCCGACACUGACGGCGCUGUUCCCCAAUACCAGCACGCUCUCUUUCCAAGGUAACGCAAUAUCACAUCUUGGUCUUGGGCCCGCCACAGAGACAGGCCCUCGACGCUUUGAGCAAGUCGAAACACUGAAUCUCGCUGGGAACCAAAUUUCAGACUACUCAUUCGUCGACGCGCUGGCUACGAUGUUUCCCAACCUCACGUCAUUACGUAUUUCUCGAAACCCGCUAUUUGCUCAGGCCGAGCCUUCCACCGUUGACGCACAAAAUUCGCGCGCAGCCUCACUAUCAGACUCUACAUCGUACUAUCUAACGUUGGCACGGAUUCCGCAUUUGAAGUCACUGAACUACACGGCCAUCACGCCCCGCGACAGAGAGGAAGGGGAGAUCUACUAUCUGUCUGUGGCGGAGAAAGAGAUCAAACCAAUUUUGGAAUCGCGAGACUCCAACGACAGCUCACUCCUGCCUGACCAAAGAGUCAACCUGGCUCGCCAAAGACAUCCGCUCUAUUCUACUCUCUGCGCGAAACAUGACCGAGACGAUGUGAUCGAUCGCUUUCUACAGAUUUCUAAACAGACACCCGAAACCACUUCGACGCCAGCCAGAUCGGCCCUCGAAGACUAUGCCCCAGGGACGCUGGGCUCACGCCUGGUCGACACGUAUUUCUACAUCCACCGUACUGGCCCCCAGGAGGAUGUUACAUCGACACCGACAUUGACCUCGACCAUUCAAUCAUCCUCUUUCCGCCGUCCCUUGCCUAUCACGGUAUCCGUGUACCGGCUGAAAUCGCUUCUGGCGAAACAACUUAAUCUCCCUGCGCUACAAUUUAGACUGAUCUACGAAUCUCAUGAAUACGAUCCCGUCGAGCCCAUCUCUAGGACAACCGCCAUGGGUGGUGGAAAGGAAGACUGGGAGGCGUGGGGUGAUUGGGACGUGGACGACGAUGACGACCUCGCGGGAUCCGCUCAAGAGCCCAUCGGUGCCGAAGACAGGGCCUCAGCAGUCGAUGGCAAGCAAGGUCGGCCCGAGCCUCGCUCACAAACAGCAACAGCCCCGCCGAACCUUGAUGUCUACACAGACAGUGCGCCCAAAUACAUCACCCGUGACGGACAACGCUUCAAGAAGCGGGAGACUGAGAUCUUGGACGGAAUGCGUCCGUGGGGGGAUUUCCUUGAUCUGGAUGGGCCGGAUGGUUCGAGGAGGCGAGAUGCCAGAGUUAGGAUUGAGCCUUUGUCCUCCUUCCCUACCGGCCAAGGCAGGCAAUAG